GUCUCGCCGUGACCGCAUCAUCAUCUGCGCAUAUCCCAGUCAUCGGCGUCCCCGUCUCAGCAUUGCCGCCGUAUAUAAAAGAAAACCCAGCCAAGCAAGCAGUAAAAGCUUUUCGUCCUUUUGGCAUCACUCUCUUUCCAGCCCUCGCUCACCGGCAAUUGCUCAGCGUUUAAGCGCACAGCCGAGCCUCAGCCCGCCUUAUCUUGGACAACUCCCAUCACCAGCCAAGCACAUCCAUCCUUUCAGAAAUCAAUAAAAAUGUCUGCGUGGGACGUUUCGGACGUCAAGAUCGGCAAGAAUGUCCGCCGGGGCGGCGCCGCCCCGCGCGAGACUGUCGUUCGUGGCCAGUCCGCCCUCAACGCAGCGAGGAGAGCAGGCGCAACCAUCACAACGGAGAAGAAGUUCACCACAGGCAACCCAGUCACCAAGCCCGGCGUGGAAGGCCAACGCCUGACGAUGGUGGACCGGGCAGACGACAUCGUCAAGCCCAAGACGGUGGGCAUCGAGGUCGGCAAGGCGAUUCAGAAGGCACGCAACGACUACAUGCAGGCCAACGGGACCAAGGGCCUGACGCAGAAGGAGCUGGCGACCAAGUGCAACACGACACCCACGGUGGUCGCCUCGUUUGAGCGCGGCGAUGCAGCGCCUGACCAGAAGGUCCUGGCCGCCAUGGAGCGGGUGCUCAAUGUCAAGCUCCGCGGGAGCGACAUCGGAAAGCCCAAGUUCGAGAAGAAGGACAAGAAAUAAAGCGGGAAGGAAGCGGCAAAUUCAACGCUUCUCUCUAGUUACCACACAAUUCUUUUUUGGGGGGCUGGAUACGCUGGGUUAUCUGGGCUGGGGAGGUUCGUGCUUCAGACGCGAUUACUAGCCCAGAUACCAGAAUGAGAUACCAGCAUCACUCGCUGUAUGAUGGAUGGAUGGUCAAAGCAGCACGAGAAACGUGCUCGCAUAUGGCUCUUGGGAUGAAUUUUAGCGAGGACUGGGGCAGAUCUGCUUCUCGAUAGCGGCGUUGCAUAGCAAGGGGUCACUUGCGGAUAGACUCGCCC